AUGUCUGAAAACGUUAAUAUAGAUUUAGCUGGAGAAAUUAACGCUACAACAGAAAAAAAGGGAUUUCAAAAGUAUGUCAAAGAUUUGGAUUUACUACUACAACAUGUGCGGAGCGGAGCAGUACCAGCAUUGGUAAUGGGAGUACUAUCUUCUCGACGGCCAUGGACCCAAUUUGUAGCUACUGAUAAUUUCAAAGCACCUGCUUCAAUUCCAAGAUUAUCUCGUAGAUUUUACAGAAACAUUGAACAUUUUCAAGCAAAUUAUUUAAUGAUAUUCCUGGGACUUUUUGCAUAUUGCUUAAUAACAACACCAUUGUUGUUGAUUGCAAUGGCUGCUAGUUUUUUUGGAUAUAAGAAACUCACAUCAGGACCUAAUACUUGGAAAAUUGGCAAUUGGGAACUCACAAAAACACAGCAAUAUGCUGCAGCUGUAGGCUGUUCUACCCUGAUUAUGUGGCUAGCAGGAGCUGGUGCGGUUCUCUUUUGGGUUCUAGGUGCAACUGUAACUGUUGUCGCUCUGCAUGCAAGUUUCUUUGAUGCUGAAACGUUAGCUUUAUCUGAAGACCCUGAUCAGUUUCCUAUGAUAGAGCAAGUUUGA